AUAAAAACCCUAAAGACAACAAUUUUUAAUCUCCAUUUCACUUUUUGCGCAACGUCGGAGAGAGAGCUGCUACAUCACACAUUUCUCGGCCACCUCUCUCUCUCUCUCUCUCUCCUGCGACCAUCGAAAACCCUAAUCUCUCUCUCUCUCUCACCCUCAUGGCGGCGAACAACGACAGAUCCGAUCAACAACAACCAGACGAAACCAACAGCACGCGCCUCUACAACCCUUACCAAAACUUCGAGGUCCCGAUCAAAUCCCAGUACCUCUACAAGCUCCCCACCUCCCCUGAGUACCUCUUCGCCGAGGAGUCCCUCAAGCAGCGCCGCACCUGGGGCGAGAACCUCACCUUCUACACCGGAACCGCCUACCUCGCCGGCUCCGUCUCCGGCGCUACCCUCGGGAUCUUCUCCGGCGUCAAGAACUUCGAAUCCGGCGACACCACCAAGCUCAAGAUCAACAGGAUCCUCAACUCGUCGGGGCACGCGGGACGCACGUGGGGCAACAGGGUCGGGAUCAUCGGGCUGAUGUACGCCGGGAUCGAGAGCGGCGUCGUGGCCGCCACGGAUAGGGAUGAUGUGUGGACGAGCGUGGUGGCGGGGCUUGGGACCGGGGCGGUUUUUAGGGCGGCGCGUGGGGUGAGAUCCGCGGCUGUGGCGGGGGCUCUUGGCGGGUUGGCAGCUGGUGCUGUGGUUGCUGGGAAGCAGGUUGUGAAGCGGUAUGUGCCCAUAUGAAGAAGCCUUGUCUCUCUGUUGUUUGAAAUUUUUUGAUAGAUUUGAUUAGGUUUUGGUAUGUCUUUUCGGAAUCAUUAAAGAUGAAAACUUUCUUCAUUGGGUUCUUAUAAAGGUGUAUUGAGUCUGUAUGUCAUUUUGAUGAAUAAAUCUGCAAAACUUUUUUGUUUUAUAUACUGAUGAAAUGGUAUAUUCAUUUGCCAUGA